GUGCGCUGAUAAAGGAAAAGGCUGUUUGCUCCGAGGUGCAGAGGGAUCCCAGACGGACCUAACAUGGGGCGCGCAGGCUUCAGGGCUCCGCUGCUCGCGCUGGCGCUGCUGCUGCUCCCGCAGCCCACGGCCCACUUCUGGCUCUUCAAUGUGCUCUUCCCUCCCAGCACCACGCCAGAGGCAGCCCCCUCCAACAGCACCCCGCCCGUGGUACUCGUGCCCGCGUGCCUGGGGAACCAGCUGGAGGCCAAACUGGACAAGCCGAACGUGGUGAACUGGAUGUGCCACCGCAAAACUGAGGACUACUUCACCCUCUGGAUCAACAUGCACAUGUUCCUGCCGCUUGGCGUCGCCUGCUGGAUUGACAACACCAGAGUGGUGUAUAACCGCAGCACCGGCAAGAUGUCCAACGCGCCUGGGGUGCAAAUCCGCGUGCCCGGCUUUGGCAAGACCUACUCCGUGGAGUACCUGGACAACAGCAAGCUGGCAGGUUACCUACACACCCUGGUGCAGAACCUGGUGAACAACGGCUACGUGCGGGACAAGACGGUACGGGCUGCCCCCUACGACUGGAGGAUUGGGCCCAACCAGCAGCCCGAGUAUUUCCAGAACCUGAAGGCGCUGAUUGAGGAGAUGCACGACACCUACCAGAAACGAGUCUUCCUGCUCGGGCAUAGCAUGGGCAACCUCAACAUCCUCUACUUCCUGCUGCAGCAGUCCCAGGCCUGGAAAGAUCGGUUCAUCGCGGGCUUCAUCUCCCUCGGUGCCCCCUGGGGCGGGGCCGUCAAGUCCAUGCUUGUCCUGGCCUCCGGAGAUAACCAGGGCAUCCCGAUGGUCACAAACAUCAAGCUGCGUGAGGAACAGCGCAUGGCCACCACAAGCCCCUGGAUGUUCCCGACCAACAUGGCCUGGCCCGACUCACACGUCUUUAUCUCCACGCCGUCCUACAACUACACGUACCGGGACUACCGGCGCUUCUUCCUCAACGUCAACUUUGAGGAUGGCUGGUACAUGUGGAACGACACCAAGGACCUGCUGAAGGGGCUGCCUCCUCCUGGCGUGGAGACCUACUGCCUCUACGGCACAGGCUUCCCGACAGUGGAAACCUACAUCUACGAUGAGCGCUUCCCCUAUGAGGACCCCGUGGACGUGGUCUAUGGGGACGGGGACGACACCGUCAGCACCCGCAGCAUGAAGCUGUGCAGCCGCUGGGCCAAGCAGCAGAAGCAGCGAGUGCAUGUGAUGGAGCUGCCGGGAGUGGAACACCUCAAUAUGGUUUUCAGCAACCAAACACUGAGCUACAUCAACAAGAUACUGCUGGGCAGCUUCCAGGCCAGUGCGGAGGAGCAGGGAGGGCAAAAGACCCUCUUCCCACCCAACCCAGAGCCAACACGGGCCAGGAAGAACCUCUCUGGUCAGAGGGCCACUAAGAACCCCAAAAUGAACUGAAGACAGCGGGGGUCAGCUUUGCUCCCGACCGACUGCCCUCCAGCAAAGGGUUCAAAUCCGAGUGCGUGUGGAGGGCAAAGCAGCACCCACUCCUGCUUUGACGGGUUUUUGUGUUGUGAAUGGUGAUUAAUUACACAUUAGAGGCUUGUUACUUGCA